CGGUACAGAGGGGGGAAUCUAGGCGCAACCAAUCCCGGCCCGAGGAUUGUGUUGUGGGGCCUGGUAGGGGGUGUCCCGACCCCCCUUUCUGGACAUCCUGGGGGAUGAUCCCGGUGCCAGGCCCGGAGUCGGCCGCCUGAUGCCAGGCGGGCCGAGCCGGGGAUGCUGGAACGAAGGGCGUUGCUAUGGCAACGGGAGGCAGGGCCUGGGGGGGACCGGGCCCGGGCUGGGGCUGGGGGGGCCGGCGGCGGCUGUGGCGGGGCGAUGGCUGAGCGCGGCCCGGCCUUCUGCGGCCUCUACGACACGUCCUCGCUGCUUCAAUACUGCAACGAUGACAAUUUAUCGGGCACGAGCGGCAUGGAGGUGGACGACCGCGUGUCGGCGCUGGAGCAGCGGCUGCAGCUGCAGGAAGACGAGCUGGCGGUCCUAAAGGCGGCGCUGGCUGACGCGCUGCGUCGCCUACGGGCAUGCGAAGAGCAGGGCGCUGCACUGCGCGCGCGGGGCACCCCCAAAGGCCGGGGGCCUCCGCGCCUAGGCACCACAGCUUCGGUGUGUCAGCUCUUGAAAGGCCUUCCCACCAGGACGCCCCUCAAUGGCUCCGGACCCCAGCGGCGCGUGGGUGGCUAUGCCACGUCCCCUUCCUCCCCCAAGAAGGAGGCGACCUCCGGACGCAGUGCCCGCCGCUACUUGUCUCCGGAGCGCCUGGCCUCAGUGCGCCGCGAGGACCCCCGCAGCCGCACCACAUCCUCUAGCAGCAAUUGCAGCGCCAAAAAGGAAGGAACAGAGGAGAUGUGGAUGGUCAAGGUCUCCUGGAAACACGAGAAACCGAAGUACGUGCUGUGUGUGACCUUUUUGGAAGGUGGCGAUGUGGUCACUGGGGACUCUGGGGGGAACCUCUACGUCUGGGGCAAAGGUGGGAACCGCAUCACACAGGCGGUGCCAGGUGCCCACGAUGGCGGUGUGUUUGGGCUCUGCGCCCUGCGGGACGGGACGCUGGUGUCCGGAGGGGGCCGCGAUCGGCGUGUGGUCUUCUGGGGUUCUGACUACAGCAAGCUGCAGGAGGUGGAGGUACCCGAGUGUUUUGGUCCUGUGCGCACCGUGGCAGAGGGCCGGGGAGACACACUGUAUGUGGGAACCACCCGCAACUCCAUCCUGCAUGCCUCUGUGCGAACAGGCCUCUGGCCGCUCAUCCAGGGCCAUCUGGAAGAGCUGUGGGGCCUAGCCACACACCCCAGCCAGGCACAGUUUGUGACAUGUGGGCAGGAUAAGCUGGUGCAUUUGUGGAGUGCAGAGUCCCACGAGCCCCUGUGGAGCACGAUCAUCGAGGACCCUGCCCGCUCUGCUGGCUUCCACCCCAGCGGCUCUGUCCUGGCUGUGGGCACAGUGACUGGCAGAUGGCUGUUGCUGGAUGCAGUGACCCAUGACCUAGUGGCUAUCCAUACAGAUGGCAAUGAACAGAUCUCAGUGGUCAGCUUCUCCCCAGACGGGGCGUACCUGGCUGUGGGCUCCCACGACAACUUGGUGUACGUGUACACGGUGGACCAAGGCGGCCGCAAGGUCAGCCGCCUGGGCAAGUGCUCGGGACAUUCCAGUUUUAUCACCCACCUGGAUUGGGCCCAGGACAGCAGCUGCUUUGUCACCAACUCCGGGGACUAUGAGAUUUUGUACUGGGACCCAGCUACCUGUAAGCAGAUCACCAGUGCAGAUGCUGUAAGGAACAUGGAAUGGGCCACGGCUACUUGCGUCCUGGGGUUUGGGGUGUUUGGGAUCUGGUCCGAGGGAGCAGACGGUACUGACAUCAAUGCUGUGGCUCGCUCCCAUGAUGGCAAGUUGCUGGCUUCAGCUGAUGACUUUGGCAAAGUCCACCUGUUUAACUACCCUUGCUGUCAGCCUCGACUCUAGGACAAGGGACACAAACUCCAAGGCCACAGGGUCAGACAGGCAGUGAGAAUAAUUGAAUGAGGCUGGGGGGCAGCUACUCCUUACAACCCAUUUCACCUCACUCCUGGUGGGAAGCCGGGCCAGUGCAUCCUGAUCUUGUGAGGUUUUGACGGAAGCUGGAAAUCAGGAUUUUAAAGUAAGCUUCCUUGAUUUUUAAAUG